UAGUUUGUUUUGCUACAGAUUGUUUUAAUCUGAUAUAUGACUAUACAUAGUUUCUAACCAGUUUUCUUUAUUCCAAAAACAGUCAACUUGCCUUGUUUGCAUCGCUGCAUUGUGAUUUGCAUUAAAUAGUGGGUGAAGCGUUUCAUCAGAAGUGUUGCAGUGUUCUUUUGUCACAUUUGUAGUUUUUAAUAUUUUCGUAAAAAUUUAAAGAGCAAUAUAUGGAGAUAUGCCUCCUUGUUUAAGAAGAAAACGUAUUUCUUCAGAUACAACAACAUCAAAAACAAAAUUCAUUACUAAGAAGGAACAAAAAAUAAAAGAUCAUCCUAAAAUAACAGGUACAAGAUCAGUAAUUUUGUCAAGAAGUGUAUUGAAUGAGAAGGAGUCUGAUAUUUCAACAGAAACGGACAAAAAUGUUACUCAAAGUAGAGAUAAAAAAAUUACAAGGAGUCGAAACUUAAAAAAGAGUUCUGACAGUAAACUAUCUGCAGAAACAAAACGUGUUGAGAUACGUAAUAAUAUAAAUAGUCUAAAAAAGGUAAAGAAAAAUGAUUCUAGGCUGCGUCAAGUAUUGUUGAAAGAAUCCUUUUUAAAUCAGUCGAAGACAAGACAGCUACGUCCUCGUCGAAUUGUUAAGAAUUAUGACGAGGACUUGAGUAAAUGUCUUUCACCCAAAUUAAAUACGAAGGGAAAAACAGUACCAAUCUAUAAAUAUGUUUCGCCUGAAAAGUCUGUGAAAGAUGCAAAUGAAAUUUAUGAAUUCAAAUUUGAUAUUAAUGAUUCUAAAGAAAAAGUAUCCAAAAAACGAAAGAAGAAGCCUACUCUUAAGAAAACACUGGCGCGUAAAAAGAAAAAUAUUUAUGUAAAACCUAAUGUACAAAAAACUAGAAUUCACAAAGAAGAACCAGUUAAUACUACAUGCGAAGUAAUUAAGGAGAAACCCCCUAUUGAAUCUUUACAAGAUAAAGUUUUUGUAAAACCUCUGACAGAAAAUCCAUUGAAGGAUCCAGAAAAAGAUGCGAAAAAUGAAGUAGCGUCAAACGUAGAACAAUUAGUUCUCUCUCCCUUACCAGACAGUACAAACGAAGAAAAAACUCCAACUAUUACAAUUACAAAACCAACAAUUGCAUCAAUACAAAAUUUAGAUAAUAACAAAGUAACAAUAAUGGAUAAUUCACAACUAUCAAACUCGGAAGAGUUCAGGCCAUUUAGACCAACAAAUAUUUUUAACAAUAAGUUAAUGGUACAGCAUAAAAAUGUGUUAAAUCAUUCGCUAUUUGAAAAAUCAUUAUCGCCAAUCGUGAAAUCAUCCGAGAAUUUGGAUAUGAAUAGUCCUUGGAGAGUACCCGCGUUAUUGACGUUUUCUCAAGUGAAAAAUGUAUUUCAAAGUACGCCACAAAAUAAGAAUUAUGAAAUUUCUACUAAUAAAUUUUCACGUGCAAUAAUUACCGAAUCCAAGAAUUGUGGUAAUAGUACAAUAGUAAAAGACAUUUUGCAGGAAAAUAACGAAAAUGUAAGCGUGGAGGCGCAUGUAAAUACCAACACUAUCAAAAAGAAACGUUCUUCGAUUCCAAGAAAAUUUGGUACAGAAAUUACAAACAUAGAUCAAUCUUUACAGUCUCAUUUGGCGGAAGAAAUAAAUGAACAAGUAUUAACUGAAAUAGAAAAUAUACAACCAAGUAUUCAAUUAACCAAUGUGAAUAAUAUAAAUAACGCUUCUAAGUUUGGUAAUACUGAAAAUAGAGAAAAGUUCAUGUUACAUUGUCAAACUCCAAAGAAAGUACUUAAAAAAACGAUCAGAAAAAACAAAAACGUAAAUCCUCAGAAAACUACGGUAAUAACAGAAAACUAUGAACAAAAAGAAAAUUUGAAUCCUGAACCUGGACCAUCGGGUUUGCAAAAGAAUAUAGUUUUUAACGAGGACAGGAUAUUAAAGCAGUCGAAUUUAAAUAAUUUUCUAAACGUAAUGGAAAAGCCACAAUCUACCACAAUCAGAACAAAUCAUGGAAUUUUUGAUGAUGUAUCUUCAACGCCAGUCAAUAGGAAGCCAAUAAAAAAACUUAAUGAAUCUAGUAUGGAAUUACGAAAUGCAUUUGGUUUCGAUGAGGACGAUUAUAACGAAAAUAUAUCUUUUACCGAACAUCAUGAAACAAAUGUGACACAAAAUGAAAAACACAAUGAGAAACCCUUUUUAAAAAUAUCAGUCGAUAAAAUAAAAAAUAAUUUUUUACUUAAAAAACCAAGGAAUGAUGUAAGAAAUAAGGAGAAUGUGGAGAAUAAAAGGAUAGAAGUGAGACAGUCACCUAUCAAAGCAAAGCAAAAUCAAGUUCAAAAAGAUAGUGUAAGCUUCUCCGAUACAUUCGAUGUUUUUUCUGAGAUAAAUGAAACUGCAACAGUGGACACAUCUAAUAUUCCACUAUUUGUUGAUGUUGAACCGACCCAUUUUACGCAGCCUCCAAGACAUUCGUACAAACGAAAACGUGCCGUGAGAUUCAGUUUUUCAGACGGCAAUAGCGACGACGAAGAAGAAAAUUUAAUUGCGCAUGAAAUUAAACGGAAGAAGAACGAUAACAAGAAAAAAGGGGAAAAUAAAAAUAUAAUUAAAUGGAUUCAGAAUAUAAAUAAAACUUUCGACGAAAUAGAUCAGCAUGAACUUCUGAUCGAAUAA